ACCCUUGCCCGCCGCCUGAACUCGCCUCCCCCGCGGCCGGUCCCCUGCAUCUGUUCGCCGCGCCGCAACCCGGAGGAGACUACGACUACGAGCACCACCAGGUAGCAGCAACUGUUUUGCUGCAAUCUGACAAAGUGGAGGGUUUAAGAGUCGCUGCUUCUUUUAUGUCUGAACAAUCUUUGCUUUAUUUGGGAUUGCUGGGAGAGUAUUCUUGCGCGACGAGGAAAAGGCACAAGUUUCUGCUCCACUGCAUGCAUCAAGAGCCCAUCCGGUUUCCUUGUUCUGAGGUGUCAUUCGCUAGUGCUCAGAGCCGGCUUGGUUUUCUCGAAAGAUCAGCAGCCACUCUUGAUUCAGGACUUUGUCACACCUGAUAGCAUCUAGUUAAUACAUCUUUAUCCAAGAUGGCACUGCAAAACAUUGGUGCUUCAAACAGGGAUGAUGCCUUCUACAGGUACAAGAUGCCCAGAAUGAUUACCAAGAUAGAAGGUCGUGGUAAUGGUAUCAAGACAAAUAUUGUGAACAUGGUUGACAUAGCAAAAGCACUUGCCAGGCCUGCUUCCUAUACAACCAAAUACUUUGGAUGUGAGCUUGGUGCACAGUCCAAAUUUGAUGAGAAGACAGGGAUUUCCUUGGUUAAUGGGGCUCAUGAUACUGCAAAGCUGGCUGGUCUCCUUGAGGUAUUCAUCAAGAAGUAUGUCCAGUGUUAUGGGUGUGGGAAUCCUGAGACUGAGAUUCUCAUAUCAAAGACUCAGAUGCUAUCACUGAAAUGUGCAGCCUGUGGGUUUGUCUCAGAUGUUGACAUGAGGGACAAGCUCACAACCUUCAUCCUGAAAAACCCACCAGAACAGAAGAAGGGAGGAAAAGACAAGAAGAAGGCCAUGAGGAGAGCUGAGAAGGAACGCCUGAAGGAAGGUGAGGCUGCUGAUGAGGAGCAGAAGAAACUGAAGAAGGAUGCAAAGAAGAAGGGUGCAUCUUCCAAGGAGUCUACUGCCAAGGGUUCAAAGAAGAAGGCUACUGCUGGUGGCUCUGAUGAGGACCACUCAACCUCUCCAACUCGCAGCCGUGAUGGUGACCAUGCAGCUGCGGACGAGGAAGAGGAUGAUGAUGAUGUCCAGUGGCAGACUGACACUUCUAUUGAGGCUGCGAAGCAGCGUAUGCAGGAGCAGCUGAGUGCAGCAACCGCUGAAAUGGUGAUGCUGUCCACUGAGGAGACUGAGAAGAAGAAACAUGCAACCCACAAAGAUGGCACUGCUAAUGGUUCAGCAAAAGAAAUACCUGAUGAAAAGCCUGCCGUCACUAAGCCUAGUCCCUAUAAAGAACUGAUUGGAGACAUCAAGGCUAGCCUGGGAAGUGCUCCCACACCUACCCAGCUCAAGGCUAUGCUGGCCUCCUCGACCCUUCCUUCCCAGGACGUGAUGAAUGCUCUCCUCGAGGCUCUCUUUGACGGUGUGGGCAAGGGAUUUGCAAAGGAGGUCGUGAAGAACAAGAAGUACCUUGCAGUUGCUGUGCCAGAUGAGGGUGCCCAGACCCUGCUGGUUCAAGCCAUCGAGGCUUUUGGCAGCAAGUGCAACCCCGAGGCGCUGAAGGAGGUCCCAGUUGUCCUGAAAGCCCUGUACGACGGAGAUAUCCUGGAGGAGGAAACCGUUGUGGACUGGUACAACGCUGCUGUCGCAGCUGGAAAGGACUCCCAGGUCGUCAAGAAUGCCAAGCCGUUUGUCGAGUGGCUCCAGAGCGCCGAGUCUGACGACGAGGAUGGCGAUGAAUGAAGAGGCGAUGCUGCUCUACUGUUCAUGGCUUCACUUGAUAAUAUUAAUUCAAUAAGUUUAUUUUGCUUGUCUGGUGUCAUCGAUGUCAGUCUUCGUUUGGUGUCAGUCGGUCUGGUGUCGAUGUCUAAAAACUGUUAUUGUCGUGCCGCGCAGCAUACCCUAUGUGGUUGGCUGCGUUUGGUGUCAGUCCGUUUUGUGUUUGGAUGUCACGGUUUAUUAUGUUCCUGUGGGCUGCCACUAUAUAUUAUAGUUGCUUGGGAUGUGUUUUUUAUAACC